AUGCCGCCCGCCAAAGCCAGCCGGGAGUCUUCAGGCGAAGCAACUGGCCACACAUCCCUGCCGUGUAUGUACAAUGCGUUCUACGGGUCAAGGUACCUACAGCUAACAGGAGACAUCUACAGUGGCAAGGAUAAAACGGAUCAUUCGAGCGGACGAGGAUAUAGUACAAUGCUCUACGAACGCGACCUUCCUUAUCGCUGUGGCGACAGUAAGAACUCCCAUGAGGACGAGGAGGAGGAGCAGGGAGCGGGAAAAGAAGGAUUCGGUCAUGAUGAGAUGUUCGUUCAGUAUCUCACGGAGCAAGGGUAUAAUGUGGUCAAAUCCAACAACCUGAAGAACCUACGAUACGCAGAUAUAGCCACUGCUGUUUCGCGUAUCGAUAACCUCGAAUUCCUAUCGGACGUGAUACCGAAGACGACCACGUACGGGAAAUUCAAAGAGAAGCGGGCAAAGGAAAAGGCAAAGGAAGACGGCCAAGUUGCGAACCAGCGAACGCUAAAGGAGAUGCAAGUACGCCAGAACGGGACGCCAGAGCACUCGCGGGAAGAAUCAAUGGUCGACGUAGGCGAGCAGAACGUGAACGAGCUGUCUCCCCGUCCGCCGAUGGUCAUACACGCCUCGCGAUCCCGGAGCAGGCUGGUCGACGAAGGCUCAGCCCAGCAACGGCCGAGCAAGGACAACGACGACGACGUCGAGAUGGCACUCUAA